AUGGAGACGGACCGCCUGCUGGUGGACCCCCCCGGGGACCCGGCCCCCGGGGACCGGGACCCCCCGGGGGGCCCCCACCCCCAGGGCUACGGCUCCUGGCCGGCCCCGCAGCGCGGAGCCGCCAAGCGCCACCGACGCAUGUCCUACUCCGUCGCCGGGGAAUCGUGCAGUCUGAACGGAUACCAAGGUGAUGAGGAGCUGUACAUCCAACAGGCUGUUGUUUUCAUUGAAGAUGCCGUCCAUUUCCGCUCCAUCAACCACCGGGUGGACGCCGGUUCCCUCCGCCUGUACCGCUGCUACUACUCCAGGAUCUGCCAGUGGAUCCUGGGCCUGGUUAUAUCCGUGGUGUUGCUGCUGGCGUUCGUGGAGCGGCCCACCUCCCUGUCCGUGUCCUCGGACCCCCACCACCGCCGGGAGUCCUGGCAGCCUCCGUGUGGCCUCACGGAGAGCAUGGAGAUGAUCGGCCUCAGCAUCCUGGCUCUGGACCUGGCCGUCAAGAGCUACCUGAUUGGCUGGGAGGAAUUCAGGAAGAGCAAAUGGCUGAUCAGCUACACCGUGGUCAUUUCAGUGUCCGUCAUCGACUGGGUGUUGUCAGUCAGCAUGAUGUGCAGUGAGACAUUCAGAGUACGGCGGCUCCUGCGGCCGUUCUUCCUGCUGCAGAACUCCUCGCUGAUGAAGAAGACCCUGAAGUGCAUCAAGAGGACUCUCCCUGAGAUCGCCAGCGUGAUCCUGCUGCUGGCGCUGCACCUCUGCCUCUUCACCAUGAUCGGCAUGCUGCUGUUCGCCAAGACCGACGACCCAGAGAAAAACAAGGAGUGGGAGUUACAUUUCCGAGACUUGCCCAGUUCCCUCACGUCUCUGCUGGUUCUGCUCACCACGGCCAACAACCCAGACGUGAUGAUCCCGGCCUACUCCCUGAACAGAGCCUACUCCAUCUUCUUCAUCGCCUUCAGCGUCAUCGGAACCUACUGUCUGAUGAACUUACUGACUGCCAUCAUAUACAACCAGUUCAGGGGGUAUUUACUGUUGUCGGUUCAGACGUCCAUCAUCAGGAGACGGCUGGGAAUCCGGGCGGCUUUCCAAGUUCUCAGCUGCCAGAGAGCCCAGGGGACGGAUCAGAGUGUGGUGAGUGUGGACUCGGUGCUGCAGGUGAUGACCAGGGUGAAGAUGAAGAGCUACUACAGGACGGCCAUCAAUACGGCGGUGCAGCGAUAUGAAGACGUGGGCUUUGUGGACCGAGAGCAGUUCAGGAAGAUCUUUGAUGAAGUAGAUAAAGAUCGCAUAAAAGAGCACCCCCCCCUGCCUGUGUACACGUCCCCGUCCCUGCAGAGACUCCAGCUCGUCUUCAGUCACUACUACCUCAGUAUACUGGGCAACGCAGUGGCCCUGGCCAACGUGGUGUGCAUAUGUGCUAUCCUCGUGCUGAAUUCUGAGAAGUCCACAGCAGAGAGGGACAACUACGUACUGGAGAUCAUCAACCUGUGCUUCAUCCUCUACUACCUGUUUGAGAUGAGUGUGAAGAUCUUUGCGUUUGGCUGGAGAGGAUACCUGUCCUACCGGAACAACGUCUUCGACGGCGUCCUCACUGUCCUGCUGCUGGCCCUGCAGAUGACCAUAUUUAUCACCUACAGGAUUCCCUACUCUCAAUGGGAUCCAUCCUCUCAUGGUGUCAUGUCUCUUUGGGAGAUGGUUCGUCUGGUCAACAUGCUGAUUGUUUUCCGCUUCCUGCGCAUCAUCCCAGAUAUCAAGCUCAUGGCUCUGGUGGCGAGCACGCUGCUGGAUCUGGUGAAGAACCUCCGGGCGUUUGCAGGAAUACUGGUGGUGGUGUACUACGUAUUUGCCGUGUUUGGAAUCUGGCUGUUCGAAGGCGCCAUUAAGCCUCCCCCAGAGAACAGUGUGCUUUCCAAUACUUCCAUGCAGAACAUCUCGUCCAACGUGACCGUGGGCUGUGGCACGUACGAGCAGCUGGGCUACUGGCCCAACAACUUUGAUGACUUUGCUGCAGCCAUUAUCCUGCUGUACAACGUCAUGAUCGUCAACAACUGGCAGGCCUUCAUGGAGGCGUACAGCCGAUACACCACAGAGUGGUCUAAGAUCUACUUCGUGUGCUGGUGGCUCACGUCCUCCGUGAUGUGGGUCAACCUGUUUGUGGCUCUCAUCCUGGAGAACUUCAUCUACAAGUGGGACCGCAGUCACAGCUGCUCCGUCACCGACGUGGAGCGGAUCAGAUACCAAACCUCCGUCCAGCUCAUGUUCAAAGAGCAGAUCCAGGAGCCAACGGAAGAAGAAUUACUGUGUCAGCUGCACCAGCAUCCCCAUCUGCACCUGCACUGGUGACACACACACACCACAGACACACACCACAGACACACACACCCCACACACACACACACACACACACACACACACACACACACACACACACACACACACACACACACACACACACACACACACACCAGCAGCACCAGCAGCAGUAGGAGUCGGUGAUGGGAGUUUCUCACCAGAGCCGUCAUGAAGACUCAACCUGUUCAUGUGACUGUUAUUAUUGUAAAAUGUUACUUUGACUCAAACCCGUGGGAACUCGCACUUUUUUACGCGGUGACUCGUCGUGUUUGGGAGUAAAACUCCCUGAAACUCUGUGGCUUCACUUCUACGAACACUCCCAGUUUCACAACGAUGCACAAAUGCACAUUUACUGUUGUACUUGGUAGGAUUCUACAAAGAUCCGUCUAACUGUAACUUUACUGUUAUCAGCGUGAAACGUUUGGGAAAUGCCUCCGUCGUGUCGUACUAAACCACUAAAGAUGGGGUAGAUUGUUCUUUAAAGGAUCAGCCUUAGCAGGAGAAAGUCGAAAUAUUGAUUUACAGCCAAGAAUCUGCACUAAAUAUUAACUUGGUUGAAAAUAAGAAAAUGGAAUGUUGAGUCCUUCAUAUUCCUGUGUUUUGGACUAAAAUGUGUACAUUUUGCAAAUGACAUGAACUGUUCAGUUCAUUGUGUCUAACAACUGCUGACCACAAUAGGCUCAGGGUGCAAAGGGAAAAUACACAUUUAAGCCUUGAAUUUUAUUUCAUGGGGACUUGAAGUUGUUGUAACAGCCAUGAGUGUGAAAAUACUGAUGUAAAUACUGAAGUAAAUACUGCUCAUGUAACAGAUAAAUACUGAUGUAAAUCCUGCUCAUGUACCAGAUAAAUACUGAUGUAAAUACUGUUCAUGUACCAGAUAAAUACUGAUGUAAAUGCUGCUCAUGUACCAGAUAAAUACUGAUGUAAAUCCUGCUCAUGUACCAGAUAAAUCCUGAUGUAAAUCCUGCUCAUGUACUAGUAGGCCCCAGUAAACGUGCUGGUUCCUUCCAUGACGGGAAGAAAAGCCGUCACAAACCAGCCGUUUCCUAAAAGUGCUUUAUGUUGUUGCUAUGCAGUUUUUUGAACAUGUACCAAAGUUAGCUUUAGUCAUAGUUUGGUAGAAAGAAUUGUUCAAUGCAGUCCAUUGUGGGACUUUUUUCCUGCUUCACAGAAGAUCAAAAGCCAGAAACGAGGAAACCCCUUUAACUAAAGCAGUGAAAUACUUACUGUAUCUCCUGCACGGCUAUCUGGACUGAUCUCCAGAAUCCCCUGGUGAACAGUUAUGUAUUCAUUUGCAAAAACUUGCAAUUUGUGUCUGAACCAUGCCACUUUUCUUAUCUUUCAUGUGAAUGUUCCACUUGAAUGUACUGUACAGGUCAUUUCCAUCGUAUUAAGGGGCUGAAAUGCAGGGACUUUAGGGACUGUAGCCUAAAUACAUUGUUGCACAACGAUUUCUGACAUAAAAUAGCUUCAAUCACACUUGCAAAGUCAAAAAGGGAAAUAAAAAUCAAAUCACUGGUGUGUGUCUAACUCGUCUCAUUGAAAGGAGAAGUUACAGUUUGCUUCAGUGUUUCUAAAAUGUGUUUUAAUGCUUUUUAUUGGGGGAGAAAAUCAUUAUUUUUUUAUUGAGAAAAUUGUGACAGUUUGUAUAUUUUACAUGUUGCAAAUAAAUAUUUU